AUGAAAUAAUUAUCGCAAUCAGAAAGAAAGCACAAACCAAAAUAAAAAAGUGAGCCUUCUCUCUUACCAAAUAUCGAUAUUCUUAAGGAGAAUGUUAAAUCGAGUUUUGCACUGGGACAUUUACGAGGCCUCUUGAAAUACAAUAAAGUUAAAGAUGUGCCAAAAACAGAAAUCUAAGUGAAACGAGAUCAGACAUUUGGAGUGGCCAAUAAGCAAUCCAAGAAUAAAAGAUUAACCUUUCUUAAAUUCGGUUUCAGAACACAUGAAAAGAAGAAUAAUUACUAUUUAUAACCUUUAAUCAAAAAAGUGAGAGAUGUUUUUGGAGAUGCUGCAAUUGAUGGAUCAAUGGGAGUAGUAGAUUUAUGGAGUGAUCGCAAUGUCAACCGUUUAAUGGAUGCCAUCUAAAUGACUAGAGACAAUUUAAUUGUACGUAAACUAGGCAAAGAAUUAAAUGAGGCUGAUCAUUUCAUUCUUAAUCGUAAUGAAGAAAAGAAAAUUAGAGAUAGAGUAUUUAUGGAAUCACUCAAAUUACAAUUCUAAGAAACUGAUACUUUCUCAUUAAAAUUUCUAUUGUCUGAAAAAGACAAAAAAAUUGUACAAAGAGUCGCAUAACCUACUAUCUCGAGUAAUCUGAGACACACUAAUCCUAAUCUAAAUAUAUAGAGCAUUGUCGAAAAUAUAGAUUAACUACAUCAAGAGAACUUGGAGAUAUACACAAAUCUAUACAAAGAAAUAAAAUAAAUUCAAAAAAAUAUUAAGUGA